CAGGACCUUCCAUUCCUGAUAGUUCGUCUUAUGCUAGUAUUCCGCUUCGGAGUGAACCAAAACGAUUCCAUCUACUUCUUCAUGGUCAAGAACUCAGUGCUGGUCAUGAUGGACGUCUACCGACUUAUGGUCAUCCUACUCAGUCCCAGUGACGACGAAGACGAUGACUCACUUCAGAAUUUAGUCCCUAUUCUGUCUCAUGAAGUUCAAGUUAUAACUGUGCAUGGAAGCGAAAAGAGGAAGAAAAAAAGCAACGAAGAAAAGCAUUCAAAAACAGACGAAGUCGAUGUUGAAAAUUUGCCCUCAGGGUCAAAUGCGUGAGCGUACAAUGAUGAGUUUUUGUCAUUUUCAAUCUCGGGAAAAAUUACUCUUGCAAUUUUAAUGCAAGAAACCAACAUACAAUUAAUGUCAUUCUUGAAAACUUGAAUUUCAUUCUUAUAAUAAAGUUAGUAUGUGACAGAAGUUUCAUGUAAAGAAACAAGUCCAUCCUAAUUUAAUCAAUUUUUUAAUGCUUCACUAUAUUGUCAUUUGUUCCUUAUCAAAAAUUAGUUGCAGUGAAAAAUUUGCUGUCAAAAAAUAAUACUAAAUUUAGCAUGCUGCCACAUGCAAGAACUAGUCACCCGUAUCUUGCACGUGAGAGCAGAAAUUUAUUUAAGGAGCGAUCGACAUCUUUUGAAAAACCAGCAACACAUA